AAAUUAAAUACAAAAUCAAAGAAAAACUCAAAUGAGACAAAAAGAAUCAACUUCAACCAGCAAUAUCAGUUAUAUUUGUUUGUUUUUUGGAACUGGAACUGGAUAAUAGUGAAUCCUCUUGACCCAGACAGUUCCGAGACAAGGAACCGGUCUCACCUUCCUGCAGAGGCGAGGACCCCCUCUUGGCUCCUAGCUCCCUCCGCUCAGUCUUCAAGAGUCCUUCGGCUGAAGAAGAGGUCCUACGGAGAAAGAAGUCACAACUCAGCUUUCACAAUGACCAGAAAUAUGUACAGACUUCUUCGGCGAGUUAUAAAAAGUGGAAAUGUUGCUAUCGAACAGCGGGCAAGCUUUUAUAGCCCGAAACAGGAACUUGUCACUCUUCCAGAAAAUGUCAGAAUAGCAGACUAUAGAAGUGAUACUUUUUCAAAACCAAGUUGGGAAAUGAGAAGAAUGAUGUAUGAAGCUAAAGUUGGAGAUGACGUCUAUGGAGAAGAUCCAACAGUCAGAGAAUUGGAGGUAAAAGGUGCCAAAAUGUUGGGUAAAGAAACUGCUUUGUUUGUACCCAGUGGAACUAUGUCUAAUUUAUUGGCCUUGAUGAGCCAUUCUCAUACAAGAGGGUGUGAAAUUAUUGUUGGAGAUGAAAGUCAUAUAAUUGUCUGGGAACAAGCUGGCGCAGCACAGAUUGCUGGAGUUCAACUGAGAACUGUACUAAAUCAACCAGAUGGGACUUUUGAUAUCAAAGAUAUGUUGACAAAAGUUAGAGACAACAACAGUAUGUUUCAUCCAAAAACUACUUUGGUGUGCAUCGAGAACACUCACAAUACAUGUGGUGGUCGUAUUCUUCCUCUGAAUUGGAUUAAAGAGCUUUCUACUGUUUUAAAAGAUUUGCAAAUUCCACUUCAUUUGGAUGGAGCAAGAUUUUUCAAUGCAGUAGUAAAAUCUGGACUGGCACCUGACGUGAUGGCAGAAGGUUGCGAUACAGUAAACAUUUGCUUGAGUAAAGGGCUUGGUGCUCCCAUGGGAAGUCUUCUCAUUGGAUCGGAGGAAACAAUUUUCAAGGCUCGUCUCUUGAGAAAAGCACUUGGUGGAGGAAUGAGGCAGAUUGGAUUGGUUGCUGCUGCUGGAAUAUAUGCUCUCGAUCAUAUGGUUGAGAGGCUGAAAGAAGACCAUGCUCACACUUACAACAUUGCCAAAGCAAUUCAUGAAAUGAAAAGUGAUGUCGUCUUUGUAGAUCUGGAAUCCGUUGAAACAAAUAUACUUCUGAUUAAACUGGAUACUACUAAGGUUACUGCAGAUUUAUUCUGUAAACGUCUAGCUCUGGUAACAGAAGACGAGAUGAAAGGAAAUGAGCCAGCAUCUGUGAAAAUGUUCCCUUGGAAUAGCAGCACAGCUAGGCUUGUCGUAUGCUGCAACAAUACUCCGGAAGAUGAACACGUGACUAUCAAGAAACUUCAGCGUGUGAUAUGGGAAUAUGAAAAUGGAAUAUUUCUUGUAUAAUUUUGAAAUAUUUAUUGGAUUCUCUUUGUGAUAUUCUUUAUUAUUUAUGCUUCAAUAAUUAUUAAGUUUUAAUUAAUUCCAAUAAAUUAAUUUUAAUUAUGUAUUAUACAGUACAGUUUUUUACUAAUAAGCUACAAUUUAUAAUGGAAACUCAGAAUUAACUAAUGGUACAUUAUUUGUCAAUAUAUAUUGAGAAUUAUUUAAUGAAACCAUUCUAUAUAAACAAGGCCAAUGUAUGUUUAAAAUCGGAAAUAUAUAUAAUUAAAUUAUUUUGUAUGAUUAUGAUGUAUAAUUUUUAUUUAGCAAUAAUUAUAAUUGAUUUGUAUGUUUUAUCUUUGUAUUAAUGUUGUGACAGAAUUCAAUUUUAUUUAUUUAAAAAGGAAUAAGAAAUAUUUUAUUUAUAAGAUUAUUUACUUGUUUAUUUGUAAUUAUAUAAUUUAAACCAUAUCAUUAAUGUGUUUCAUUAUUUCAUCAUAAAUAUAAUAAACGCUACCUCUUAAUAUUUAUUUCUAGAUCUGGGCAUAUCCAGAGAUAGUUUUGGGGGAGAGAGAGAGAGAGAGUGAGAGAGAAGAAACUAGCAGGACGACCAUAGUAUUAGCAGAAAUAUAAUCUUUGUCUAUAUGACAUAAUAAAACAAAUUGAUUAUCUUUCUAGGAUAUGAAUAAUUUAUUCACAGUUAUUCAUGAAUCUUGGAACUAGCAAGUUUACUUUAAACAGCCAUUUUUUUUCUCAAUAAUUAUCUUUGGAAGGAAAAUUUUCUCUUUUUCCCUUCCCAUGUAUCCACCACUGUUUUUAGAUGCAGUAUUUAAUUAUAGAAACAUUAUUUAAGGUAUGUCAUAUUAUUUGAAAAAAUAUACUUUUUGUAUUAUUUUAUACAAACUUUUGUAGGUAUCUUUCUAAUAAAACAAUUAAACUAAAACGUACUUAAAAGUUCAGUUCCAUCAAAUAUUAGCGACAUUUUACAAUUAAACGAUUCUUGUAGUUAUUUCUCAAAUGAGUGGGUGGUUUCCGAUAUUUAUUUUUCAACAAGUAUCUCGUUUGAAUUCUACAAAUCCCACUUCAAUCAUUUUUAGGGAUAAUUUCAUGUUUGAGGCCAUGGUGUGCAUUAGGGCAGCCUCAGUAUUGUCAGGUCUGAAGCAUUUAUGAUUCAAAUAUGGUUUGAGGGAUUAACUUUUAUUUUAUGACAGAUCCAUCGCAUAAUUUAAUUCUUCUUCUUGUUCGGCUCGACAACUCGUGGUGAGUCAGGGCCUACUGCAGCAUCGACCGUCAGUCAUCCCGGUGUAUUGCUGCUACUUUCCAGUUCCACACCUCUAAGAUGGACAAUGCAUCCUCUGCCACUCCGUCAGCCUACCGCAGUCUUGGCCUGUCAAUUCUUCUCUUGGAAUAUAUCUUUUCUUAAUUAAUAUAUUACUUAAUUAUUGGCAAGAAAAGUUUUGUGAAAAGCUUUAACAACAUUUUUAUGUUGCAUGUAAGUUAAACAACAACUGGAAGUUUCUCAAUUCUUUUCAAAAAUCGAAACCUGAUAUUUAUUCAAGUGCUCCAGUCGCAGAGAGAGCUAAUUGAAAAUAAUACUAUUCCUACAAGAGUUAUCCACUUUUUAAUUAUAAAAAUACUUGUGAUAAUAACAAGUAUGCGAAGCCUUCCGAAUAUUUAUACAAAAAAAUAUAUGUCCCACAUCUUAAAAAAAAUUCUAAUUUAGGACAAGAAAAAAUCUUAUUUUGUACAUUUUUUAAACAAAUGCAACAACUACAAAAUUGUGUACACAUAUGCAUCCAAAACAGAUAACCAAGUGGAAUGUUCAGUCGUUAUAGAAAGUGAGGACAAACUUCCAGGAGAGUGCUCUAUCUUUACGGGAGAAGCCAUGGCCAUAAAAGAAGCACUCUUGCACAUCCGCAAAAAUCGCUUUCAAAACCAUGCUAUCGUAACAUCGUAACAAUGUCUGUUAUAGAAGCCAUAGAACAACCAACAAACCAGCAUCGUGUGAUAACAGAAAUAUUUAACACAUACGGUUAGCUAUAGUAAGAAAAUAAAUACAUAAUCCUUAUCUGGAUACCCUCAUAUUGUGGUAUCUGAGGUAAUGAGAGCGCGCCGAUGCUGCUGCCAAUUCCACUCGUCAUCAAGAAUCUCCGAAAACCACAAUAAUUAAAACCAUCCAUCGAGAAGAUUGGACACACCGAUUUCCUUCUCCUUUCAAAAUAAAUGGAACAGGGAAUGAGAAAUGAGUCCGGCAAAACUUCAAGAAAAAAAAAAAAUGUAUAAAAUGGAAAACAUCAAACCAAAAGUCUAGACGAGAAGAAAUAAUACUGUCGCCUAAGAAUCGGACACAGUGAAUUUUCUCAUGGAUACCUUCUGCGAGGAUUCCUACAUAUAUUGAAUGUAGUAGGUACACUGAUAUAAGGAAAAAUCUGCAAGCGGGAAUGGAAAUGAAAGAAAUCCUGCAAGAUGAGGAAAAAGAAAUAGGAAAACUGUUAAAAUAUAUCAAUUUUUAUCAAAGAAUAUAAAAUCGAGACAUUGAGCCAAUGAUCCUUAGGGGUAGAGGCUAAAUAAACGAAUACAAAAUACUUGUUGAUCCUGAAUUGACUGCAAAACAGCAUGAUAAAUGUUGAAUUUCAAUGUGGCUCAUGAGAUUGAUAAUAAAAAAUCUGAAAUAUUUAUUGUGGUGUAAAGUUAAGAAAUUAUGUUCAGUGGCAAAAAAUUAUCUUUUUGGUAGACUUUUAAUUUAAUGUUAAUUUUAAAUAAUAUUAAUUUUACAGAGUUAGGAAAACUGAGGUUGUAUACAAGACAUUGUCUACAUAUUUCAUGUUUUACGAAGUUAAAAAGAUAUAUAUAUUUUUUUUAGAUAUUAAAAUUUUCUUCAACCUUUGAAGUUUUUAAAUCGUUUUUUUGUCUCUUUUAUACAGAAAGGAAUUAAUAAUAAUCUUUAAGAGGUUUUUAUUUAUUUUAAAAAUAUUUGUCUAGUGUUCUAUUAAUUUCUUUGUUGUUUGUUGUUAUGUUUUAUCAUGUAUGGCAAAGUUUCUCCAUUUACUAGAUACCACUGUCUUUUGUUUCUCUCUCCCUCUCUAUUUUCUUGUGAAAGAAGAGAUCCAGAAUAAUACUUUGUAGAUCUCAAAACAUUUUCAAUAUAUUAUUGGUUAUUUCAAUUAUUUGAAAACAAAAUAAUAAUGUGACAUUGUAAAGUGGAAUCUUAAAGAAAUUGAGAAUUAAAAACUAUUAUAUAAUAACUGUUCAUUCAUAAUAGCUGAAUUUUGUACUCAGCCUUUUAUAAAAUCAAUUUUUUUGUUUGUUUUGUGUUUUCUAUUGAUCAUUUAGAAUUCAUUGAAGAAAAAAAUAAAAUAAACUUCAUAAAACCCUCUAUUG